AUGAAUCGUUCAAGGCAUUUUCCAGUUCCUAACAAGAAAGUGCGGAGGAAAAAACCUUUGAGUAAUCUCAAGGGGACCAUGGAUAUUGACCUGUUGAACCCCGAUGCCGCGGAGGAGAAGCGCAGACACAAACUCAAGCGAAUGAUCCAGUCGCCGAACAGCUUCUUCAUGGAUGUGAAAUGCCCUGGCUGUCUGCAGAUCACCACUGUUUUCAGCCACGCGCAGACGGUGGUGCUGUGCGGGAAUUGCAACCAGAUGCUUUGCCAACCCACUGGUGGCCUCGCAAGGCUCACAGAAGGUUGUUCUUUUCGAAGGAAAGCUGAUUAA